AUGCGACGCACCAAGGCGUGCCUCCCGGAUGGCCCGCCCGAUGGCGCGUACUACGUCCCUGGGCCCUUCUGCUAUGACCCGGCCGGCUGCUGGGAGAGUUCCCCGGUGGCCCCCCCCACGCUGCUCGAGGACCGGGAGCCCAUCACGUCGGCCGCGGACGCCGACUGCAGCUCCUUCUCGCCCAGCGCGGAAGGCAACGACGUCUUCUUCCACCCACGCACGAACUUUGACUGGUGCAAUUUCUCGGGGCCGGUGCCCAUGCUCGAAACCACGUUCUUCGGUGGCAGCGACAACUGCAGCACGACCGGUGAGAGGUACAGCAUGGUCGCAAAUGGCACAUGCGUAAACCACGGAGACGGCUCGUCUGGCAUCUACUACUGCGCGUCCGCCCUGCAGUUCGGCAUCAGGCGCCGCCUUCAGGUCGGCAAGAAGGGCGGCAAGGCGGCGACCUCCUUCACGGACAUCAAGCACGGCAUCUGA